AGCAAAAUAGAUCUAUGGCGGAUGAGAACAAAGUAGUCCUGGUUUUCAGUCGAGCAGCUCGCGCUGGGGGUUUACCCCGCGGGCACUGUGUCUCUGUCGAUCAAACAUGCAGAGCCGCAGAGCCGCCGUUCUGGUGGUGUCGAUUAUACUCUUUGCCAUUGCUACGGUCAUUGUUGUAUUGCGCUUCAUAUCAAGGAUCGCUAUUGUCAAGAAGGUCCUGUUGCAUGAUUACUUGAUGCUGCUAGCAUGGGUGCUCGACCUUGGUUUUUCGGUCUCCCUCUUCGUCGCGACCUCGAAAGGGUUAGGUCUUCACGAGAAAGAUGUCAACCCGGCUGAUCAGCCCGUUCUUAACCGGGCGGAAUACACCUUCACGGUGCUCUAUAACCCGGUAUUAAUGGCGAUGAAAACAUCAAUCCUCGUCUUCUACCUCACCCUGACUAGAACAGACAAAUUCUUUCGGUGGGCCAAUUAUGUGACCCUGGGUGUGGUGAACAUCGCGGGCUUUGCGUUGACGUUUGUCAACCUCUUUCAGUGCCGUCCGGUGGGCGCAGCUUUCACCUAUCCAGUACCAGCUCAUGCGACAUGUACGGACAUCGUCACUCUGUACCUCUCGUCUGCUCCCGUCAAUAUCAUCACGGACCUCCUGAUCCUCGUUCUCCCCAUGCCUAUAUUGACGAGGAUGCGCCUCCCACAGAAACAGAAGAUCAUUUUGGUGCUCACCUUCAGUUUCGGCUUCUUCGUCGCAGUCGUGGAUGUGAUUCGAAUCGCUUAUCUGCAGAACGCCUCGACAUCCCGCUUCUUGGCGUAUAAAGCGUACGACACUUCCUAUAACAAUUCUGUGGAGUAUUCCGACUUCACCUGGUACGCUUCUCUGGCGUUUAUGUGGUCUGCUAUCGAAGUCAACGUUGGUAUGAUAUGCGCCUGCGUCCCGAGUCUUAAGCCCCUCGUAUCUCGGAUAUUUCCCAGAAUGCUUCGCGACACCGACGAAGUUACCUAUGAUGGUUCGGUCGAGCCUCCCAGACCAUCCGCGGACAUGGCUGCCACGACCCCUUCUCCUCCGGGCCCAAGAGCUAUGGCACCUGGUUUGCGUAACUCCGGUUCCGGCGUCACUGGCAGUGGAAGUGGGAGCAGAACUGGAACGGGAUGGAGCGGCGACGAUACGAUCAGGAACAGCUCCGCAGGGCAGAGUACAUUUAUGGAAUUUCUGCUGUCUUCACAGCGAAGGGAAAAUGUUGAAGAAGCAGACACGACGAAUGCCGGUGGCACCGUGCAGCGGCACAUUCAUUUCUUCGAUUUCGUCAAUGUGAAUCAACCGAAGAGCAUGCUGAAGAUGACCAAUAAAGAGUCCAUACUUCCCAUCGCAUCGACCACGAUCCUUUUUUUCCUAUUGGGUUUCGCGUACGGCCUAUUGGAUAUCUUGAACGACCAGUUCCAGAAGGUCAUCGAGUUGGACUCAUGGAGCUCACAGGGCAUGCAUGGCGCCUACUACGGCGGUUAUUUGGUCGGUCCGUUCCUCGUCGGUUAUCCGGUUCUUACGAAAUGGGGCUUCAAGCCAACCUUCAUGACGGGCUUGUUCAUCUACGCCUGCGGGAGUCUGAUCUUCUGGCCUUCUGCUGUCCUGACCUCGUUUUCGGCCUACAUAGUAUCCAACUUCGUCGUGGGUUGUGGACUUGCCGUUCUGGAGACCGCAGCGAAUCCGUUCAUCUCGCUCUGUGGGCCACAGGAGAACUCCGAAAUCCGAUUGAACAUAUCCCAAGGUGUUCAGGCUAUUGGCAGCGUGGUUUCUCCGCUGCUUGCCAAGAAGGUGCUCUUCAAGCAGGUUAAGGAUGCGCCAAGCUUUGUGGAUGUUCAGUGGACCUACUUGGCCAUUGCCCUCUUUGAUAUGCUCCUGGCAGUGGUCUUUUACUAUAUGCCUAUCCCGGAAGCAUCCGACGAGGACCUGAAAGAACUAGCUUAUCAGCGCCACGAUGAUAACUCUGCCAAGGUUGGGCCGAUUCCUGUCGUUUGGCUCACCUUCGGACUGGGUGUGUUCUCGAUGUUCUGCUAUGUCGGUGGCCAGGAGACAGUCUCUACCAACCUCGAACCUCUUGUGGAUUACUUGAAACCCAAAUCUUCCAGUCUCAGUUCUUUUGAAUAUCUCACAAUCGGUCAUACAGUGUUCGCAGUCGGGCGCUUCCUGACAGCAUUUGCUCAGUGGAUCCUCAAACCUCGCUGGAUCCUUCUUGUCGCAUAUAUCGGCAUGAUCGUAUUUUCGAUUCUCUGCAUGAACGUUUCAGGUUAUGCAGGCAUUGCCAUGGCAUUGAUGGUGUAUGUUUUCGAAAGCGGCGUCUUCAGCAUCAUCUUUGCAAUCUCUCUGCGCGGCACCGCUCAAUACACCAAGACCGCAGCAGUCAUAAUGACCGCUGCCAUCAGCGGUGGAAGCGUCUUCCCUUUCCCACAAUACGCCGCUUCUAGGGCGCGCGGUGUCCAAUACUCGUUCUGUGUCACCGUCGCUGUUUUCUGUGCGGGCGCGAUCUUCCCAUUGUACCUGAAUCUGGUCCCAGCAGCCCGCAAGCAAGUCGAUCCGGUGCCUAACGAAUACUUGCGUCGACAUCAUCCGCUACGACAUCUUCAAAAACAAGACAUCGUCGGUGAAAAGGACGACUCCCCUCGCGGUGGAGUAGCAUCCCGACGAGGCAGCGGCAACUCGAAUCUAUUUGCCGAUUGUCAAAGACCAGCAGCCAGCCAUCGACGCGAUUACACGAGCAUGACCGGCUCUACCAGCACUGGUGGCAUCAUGCACGAACUCGCACCAUGGCCAAACACAUAAAAUCCCUCAAACAUCCUUCUACAUUUCUCAUUUUCCCUAUCUCUUCCUUGCACUUUUUUCUCUUUUCUUAUCCAUUGAUACCCCCUAUCUCGUUAGAUGUC